GUUGGCUUCUUGUCCAUCUGACUCGGUAGUUGUUGAUUAUACACAACUGCCGUCCUAUGCGCUCGCUGCAAAGAACCACCAUUCUCUCGGGCAUCUCUUUCUCCACGUCCUUUCUCUAUUUUCUCGCCGCCUUCUUUCCCAAUGGGCAGGGAUAAUAAAGCAGCUGGAUCCGCGAGUGCAGAUGGGGCAUUACCCCCGCUGUCUGCUGGUGAUUUGCGAACAUAUAACCGCAUGGCGGACCAAAUGGAAGGCUUCCACAAUCACUUUCGAAUGGCAUGGAAUCAACUUUGGGAUGCCUGCGAUUCUUCUGCGAAGCGGCCGAGUGGUCUUUCAGCGCGUCAAAUGAUCAUGACUGGUCUUCAGUUUUGCUCCCAGCUCGAUUUCCACCACUCAAUCGAAGAGCAACACAUUUUCCCUGUUCUUGCGAAGAAGAUGCCCCAGUUUCGGAAAGAACUCGACCUUUUGAAGCAGCACAAGCAGAUUCAUGCUGGUCUGGAGAAGUUAGAGUCUUAUCUCGAGAAAUGCCGCUCUGGCGAGGAGGAUAUGCGUCGUGAGGAGGUUAAGCGUCUAAUGGAAGGCUUUGGGGAAGUGUUGUGGAAGCAUUUAGACGAGGAGGUUCAAACGCUCAAAGCUGAUAACAUGCGCAAGUACUGGACACUGGAUGAGAUGCGAAGGCUCCCUAUGUAAAUUCUGUGAUGGCUUUUGAUGUAUAGAAUUCUCCGUUGCGUUAUUAAUACUGUUGUUGUACUGCUUCCGCACCGCACUUAAACACGGAG